AUGAGCUGUUGCUUUGUCGAGGACUCACGUGUGAUUUUGGGUAUUUUCACCCACGGACUUAGUUUGCGGCUUUGGAACGAGGUGCUGAAAAGCAACCCGUCUGAAGUAGACGAGGCCUACCGCAUAGUAGAGCAUAUGAAGCGACCCGCCGAGGACACACAGUUCACCCCACCUCCGAUCACCACGAAGAUCGUGUCCACGCGAUCUACACAGACACCGACGAUAGCACCGACGCGUACUAGCGUAGGGAACGGACGGACUACACUGGUGACAUCAGUAGGGUCUGCACCACCCCCACAUCCGCCACCAGCCGACACAAUCGACCGUGCCACUACCGCGUCCCAAGCCCAUAUCACUUGUUUCAAGUGUAAGGGUAAGUGGCACCGAAUGAGCCAAUGCCCAUCUUUGAAUCUCCUCAUAGAGAUCGAAGAAUUAGGUAGCGGUUCACAUGAGGAUGACGUCUUUGUAGGCAAUGAUGUCUACAUUGCUGACGAGGGUUUAGCUGAGUGUGAUGACACUUUUGAUUUGAUUGGCUACAUCCAGAUCUGGCCAGCCACCGUAUCAGCAGUCGAGGCUGCCUCUCUCGCUGCUGCAUUGACGAGCACUUCAUCGAGGGGGCUGGUCAACAUCGUUGUCUAGCGUCCAUCUCGAGAUACGGUUCCUACACUACAGCCAGACACCACGGCAGCUAGAGAGAUCACCCCGGCACCGAGGACGACUAUGUCCACUUCUUCGCCUACGACAAAUGAUUUUCUUUGCACGUCAAUCUUCUACACCUAUGUGAAGAUCAACAGACAUGCGUGCAAGGGAUCAUGGACAGCGGUAGUUGCGUCAAUGACGUGUCAGACCAGGUCUUGCAGAGGGCAGGGCUGAGUACUAUCAGCCAUCUAGCCCCUUACGACGUAUCGUGGAUAGACGCCACCACCCUACCCGUUCGUCGAUAGUGCCAAGUGUCACUUAGGGUGAGCACCUAUGAUGAGCACAUCUUGUGUGAUGUCCUUCUGAUGAAAAUCAGCAGCAUCAUACUUGGACGGUCCUAGUUGUUUGACUAUGACGUCCAACUCAUGGGAAGAGCAAACACUUGCUCUUUCAUGUAUCGAGAUCACCGACUUGUUUGGUAUCCACAUACCAACAAGCCCGCGCCAAAGUGUGACCUUAAGUCACGUAUUGGGUUAAUCGUGAUGAAGGGACCUGCCUUUCAGCAUGAGAUCACGUCGGACAUAGAUGGAUCCCCAACGUGCUUUGCUCUCACUUUGGAUACGCGAGAUGACACGACCCUUACCUCGUCUUCUCCAGAAGUCAAGGGUAUGUUAUUGGAGUACAUCGAUGUACUCUUAGAGGAGCUUCCUAGAGAGCUGCCUCCAUUGAGGCACAUUCAGCAUGCUAUUGACUUGGUUCCCAAAGUAUCACUCUCGAACCUGCUGCACUAUCGCAUGGAGCCAGCCAAGUACGAGGAGCUUAGCCGACAGGUACAAGAGUUUUUGGACAAGGGACUCAUCCAGCCAAGCCUUAGUCCUUGCGCCGUGCCUACAUUACUAGCGCCGAAGAAGAAUGGCACUUGGCGCAUGUGCUGCGACAGUCGCACGAUCAAUAGCAUAACGGUUAAAUACCGUUUUCUGAUCCCACGAUUACAGGACUUAUUUGACAUGAUGAUAGGAGCCACUAUCUUUUCAAAGAUAGAUGUACGUAGUGGUUAUCAUCAGGUCAAGAUAUGCCUAGGGGACAAGUGGAAGACUGCCUUCAAGAUCAAGGAGGGCAUGUACGAGUGGAAGGUCAUGCCAUUUGGCCUCUCCAACGCGCCCAAUACGUUCUAGAGGCUAAUGACGAGGUUUUACGCCCGUUCAUUGGCAAGUUCGUCGUAGUAUACUUCGACGACAUCUUGGUCUACAAUGGUACCCGAGACUCCCACCUCCAGCACUUACGACAAGUGUUUGAGGCACUUCGACAGGAGAAGCUUUAUGCCCAUCCUAAGAAGUGUAGUUUCUUCACUUCUGGGGUUAUGUUCCUCGGUUUUGUCGUCUCUGAGUGAGGAGUUUCCGCAGACCCCGAAAAGGUCCGCACGAUAGUCACCUGGCCACGGCCAGGCAGCAUGCAUGACAUCCGGAGCUUCAUUGGACUAGCGACAUUCUACCAUCACUUCAUUCAGGACUUGAGUUCCAUCACCGCUCCACUUACUGAUUGCCUCAAGAAGGAGACCUUCCUUUGGACAGAGGCAGUUGAGCAGGCCUUCGAUCGGGUGAAGGCUCUUAUCACUCAAGCAUCGAUACUUCGCCUACUCGAUUUUGGCAAGGUAUUUGAGGUUGCCUAUGAUGCCUCAGGCAUCGGUAUUAGGGGUGUCCUUAGUCAAGAAGGCCAUCCCAUAGAGUACUUCAGCGAGAAACUGAAUGACGUGAGGUUUAGAUACUCCACUUACGAUCGUGAGUUUUACACCAUCAUUUAGGCUCUCAAAUACUGGCGCCAUUACCUCCUUUAUAAGGAGUUUGUGCUCUUCUCGGACCAUGAGGCCUUGAAGUAUCUACACUCUCAGCGGAAGCUGAGCAAUCGACACACACGAUGGGUCGAGUACUUGCAGGACUUCACCUUCGUCCUUUGCCACAAGAAGGGCAAGGAGAAUGUGAUGGCAAACGCCCUCAGCUAAUGAGUCCACUUGCUGAACCUCGUGAAGGUUUAGGUGACAGGAUUUGAGUCCCUACCGGAUUCUUACGUAGAUUGCCUGGACAUUGGCCACAUUCUAUAAGCACUUUCGAAUGGUCCAUCCCGAGAUCAUAAGGACUUCCUUGUGGUCAACAGAUGUCUGUUCUUUAGGAGCAGACUGUGCGUUCCACGCACAUCUCUCUGUGACUUCCUCACUUGGGAAUGUCACGCAAGAGGUCUAUCCGGCUAUUUUGGUCGCGAUAAGACCAUCGCAGCGGUCGAGUACCAAUUCUACUGGCCGACCCUCAAGCGUGAUGUAGGGAAUGUCGUCACUCAGUGUUGAGUGUGCGCACUCGCCAAGCAGGUAAAGAAGAAUGCUGGACUCUACACGCCACUUCUAGUGCCAACCCGCCCAUGGGACGACGUCAACAUGGACUUCAUUUUGGGACUCCCGCGUACUGCACGAUGACAUGACUCAAUCAUGGUGGUCGUCGAUAGAUUUUCAAAGAUGACACACUUCAUGCCAUGUUCAAAAACCCCUGACGCCUCCAAGGUCGCUAGCCUCUACUUUAGAGAGAUUGUGCGCCUUCAUGGACUACCCAAGUCCAUAGUCUCAGACCGUGACAUACGGUUUACCAGCCACUUCUAG